AAAAGAUAAAAGAAACGGCGGCGUUUUCUGAUUCAGACCUGGAAAUGUAUAUAUGUGGGGUGUAGAUCGAGUAUAUAUAGAGAGUACACUCGUGAUUCUUCAAUAUUAAUGCCAACUCAGAUUUUUGUUUUGAAGAUGGAAGGGGGGGUGCACCAUGAUACGGUAUUGACUAUUUACAUCAGAUUCAGGCUUGAGAGCAUGCGUGCGUGUCCUUCACGCGCUUCUAGUGCAAUAACAUAUUACUUGGUGUCUUUUUCAUUCUGUUGAGAAAGUAAAUAACGAGGUGAUGAUGACAUAAUCAUUCAAGCUCCUUAAGCCCCCACUCAGUUUUCCCUCAUUCACAGAUUCUCUCUCUUUCUUUCUUUCUCUUUCUGUGUGUGUAUGUGCAUGGGAGGACUGAAAACUACACUUGAAUUUGCCCCUCACAGGGAAACAUCAGCAGCAUGACCAAUCUGCACUUGUAGAGUAGCUUUCUUCCUCUUCUUUUAGCCUUCUCUUUCUCUCUCUCUACAUCUCCUUCCUUUUUGUCUCUGCCUAACUAUUCCUCACUGUAUCUUUCUCUAUCUCUCCUUCUCUGUCCAUCUAUUUAUACCCCACUUUCAACCCUUCCAAGAAACACACACACAAAAAAAAAAAAAAAAGACAGAAAGGAAAGAAAGAGUCAAACUUAACACCAAGGGAAAAAAUGUCCCCAGCAGCUUCAUCAAGAUGGUGCCCAACCCCAGAGCAACUGAUGAUCUUGGAAGAGAUGUACAGGAGUGGGAUUAGAACUCCCAAUGCUUCUCAGAUACAGAAGAUCACUGCCCACCUCUCCCUCUACGGCAAGAUUGAAGGCAAGAAUGUGUUCUACUGGUUUCAGAACCACAAGGCAAGGGAUAGGCAGAAGCUGAGAAGGAAGCUCAGCAGGCAAUUGCAGCUUGAGCAGCCGCAGCAGCUCUUCUAUUAUCACCUCAAUCACCCACCUCACCAAUUUCAUGGCGCCAACUUUGACUCCCCUGCCGGUUCUUCUGCUCUUCAACAAUUUUCUUAUGAAAACAACUCACCUGGCCUGCUUCUUCCUCAGGGAGCAGGAGUAGCAUCAACACAAGUGAUGAAUUACUCAUGGAAGAUGGAUAUCCCUCAUCAGAUGGUGGAGAUGGAGAAAUCCAUGAUGACAUCGUACGACCAUGAUUGGAUGAUGAUGAUGAUGAUGGAAAAGAGUCCUCCAACUUCCCCAUGUUGCAGUACUACUAGACCCCUCCAAACCCUUCAACUCUUCCCUAUCACGGCCACCAAUCUCAAAGAAGAGUGCACCACACCCAAGAAACUCUCUGCAUGAUUCUCUCUCCUCUCUCUCUCUGUGAUUUUAUUGUUAGUCUUAAAUCUUUCUGUGACUUUUAUUUAUUUGUGUUGGUUUCUGUUAUGUUUCUAGCUAGCUAGGCUUCAAGGUGAGAAAGAUCUGAAUUGUCUAAUGAGUAAAUGUGUACUGGUCCAACACUGCUGCUACUUCUACUGCAACUACUACUACCUAUUUACACUCUCUGUAUUUUCCCACAAGUGAAAAUCUGCAUUGGGCUUGAUUUUUCUGUUGAUUUUUUUCUGCUUGUCUUUAUGCACAUCUUGAAAAGUUGCAUCUUGUAACACCGACACAUGGUGGUUGACACCAGCU